GCCUGGCGUAAAGGGCGUCGCGCAGCGCGGUCGGCGGGGCCCCGCGGGCGGACACGGACCGGGCCCGGCUCUUAUAUGCCCCGUCCCGCGGCGGCCGCCUCCUGCCCGCCCUGCUCCAUGUGGGGCCCGGGCCCGGCUCUCGCUCUCGCCGCCUCCCCCGCGCGCUAUGGCCAGGAAAGCAGUUAGCAGGAAGCGCAGAGCGGCGGCCGCCGCCGCCGCCGGGCCCGGCGGGCUCCAGGGGGAGCAGUAUGGCUGGGAUCACUCAGUUCACAAAAGGAAGAGACUCCCCCCUGUGAAAAGGUCUCUGGUGUACUACCUGAAAGGUAGAGAAGUCAGGAUGCAGAAUGACUCCAGCUACCACCGUCUGUUGCACGGAUAUGCAGCCCAGCAGCUCCCCAGUCUCCUGAAAGAGAGAGAGUUUCAUCUAGGGACCCUUAAUAAAGUGUUUGCAUCUCAGUGGUUGAACCAUCGGCAAGUGGUGUGUGGGACAAAAUGCAACACAUUGUUUGUGGUAGAUGUCCAGACUGGCCAAAUUACCAAGAUUCCUAUUCUGAAAGAUCGUGAACCCGGUAUGGUAAACCAGCAAGGCUGCGGUAUUCACGCGAUUGAGCUGAACCCAUCAAGGACACUUUUGGCUACAGGAGGAGACAACCCAAAUAGCCUUGCGAUUUAUCGUCUGCCUACGCUCGAUCCGGUCUGUGUGGGAGAUGAUGGACACAAGGACUGGAUAUUUUCUAUUGCAUGGAUCAGUGAUACUAUGGCUGUUUCUGGUUCCCGGGAUGGCUCGAUGGGUCUCUGGGAGGUGACAGAGGAUGUCCUGUCAAAAACCGAUGCCAGGCAUAACCUCUCCCGAGUCCCCGUCUAUGCUCACAUAACACACAGGGCUCUGAAAGAUAUCCCCAAGGAGAACACCAAUCCUGACAACUGCAAGGUCCGGGCAUUGGCAUUCAACAAUAAGAACAAGGAGCUAGGUGCUGUAUCUCUGGAUGGAUACUUUCAUCUUUGGAAAGCAGAGCACACACUAUCAAAGUUACUUUCCACAAAGUUGCCAUACUGCAGGGAGAAUGUGUGUCUGGCCUAUGGUCAGGAGUGGUCGGUGUAUGCAGUGGGAUCUCAGGCGCAUGUCUCCUUUCUGGACCCAAGGCAGCCUUCCAACAACGUUAAAUCCGUCUGUUCCAGAGAACGAGGCAGUGGUAUCCGGUCCGUGAGCUUCUAUGAGCACAUCAUAACUGUGGGAACGGGGCAGGGGUCCUUGCUGUUUUAUGACAUCAGAGCCCAGAGGUUCCUGGAUGAAAAGCCCACUCAUGCCUGCUGUGGACAGAAACAGAAGCUAGGAGGAAGCGAAAUCCUGAAGUUGACUACGGGAAAAGGUUGGCUGAAUCAUGAUGAAACCUGGAGGAAUUAUUUCUCUGACAUUAAUAACUUCCCAAAUGCUGUUUACACCCACUGCUACGACUCGUCUGGAACGAAACUCUUUGUGGCAGGAGGCCCCCUUCCAUCAGGACUCCAUGGGAAUUAUGCUGGGCUCUGGAGCUAAUGAGAACUCUUCCCCUCAAUGGUGAUCUCCCCCGGUGUCCCCUUCCCUGUUCUUUACCAACAAAAUUGUGUGAUGCCAUUGAUUUCUGAUUUAAACGCAAGUUAUUUUUGACAGUUUUCUGUUGGUUUCCAACAGUUUUGUACAUCUUUUUUGAACCAGCUUUUGCUUUAAUCUCCUUGAUCCUUUAUACGAAGGGUUUUUGAAACCCCUUUUUAUUGUAUUUACUCUUUUUUUUCUCCCCCCCCUUUCUCCCCUGCCUCCCCUCAAUUUAGGCUAACUUGGCCAUAUGCCCCCUACUUUGCUGUGAGGUAGGACUCCUUUCUUAUUGAGCGGUUGCCGCUGGGCUUUCUGUGAAAGUCCAGGGGCUGUGUGUGUGCAGGUACUUCGUGUCACUUACAUUACCUGGAGUGAGGACUACUUGUAAUUAAAAAGAAAAAAAUAUUAAAAAAUAUUUAUAAGAAAUAAGCUACUACUUUAUCUGCAGAGCCUGGGUCAGGCCUAGCUUGAUCUUAUUUUUUAAAAGUACAAGUCUAAUGACACUGUAUACAUAAAGGAAUACAAUACACACAGAUGUAUAUUCAGCAGGACCCAGGGACAGCAUCUCCCGCAAUGUCGCUUGUCCAGCCUUGAGGGUAGCAGUGGCACCAGACCUGGCUCCUCCGUGGUGCAUGGGGAGAAUGAAAGCAACCUCUUGUGCUCCCCUUUCUCUCUACCCCUGCCCCAGGUAUCUGCUUGUGAAGGUACUGAGGCUUCAGGGCAAGCCCUCCAGUAUGGCUCUUGCAUGACAGCAGAGAUGGAGCGAGGCUAAUAGAAAUGGUAACCCGACAGGCAGGUUCCUUGUGACCAACUGAACCUGGUCCGCCCGCCCAGUGUGUGAAGUAGUUGAGAGUCCUGGGUACGUGCACCCCUGUCUGGGAUUGAAUGGCAGGGAGGAGCCAGAUUUGGGUACCUGAAGCCUGUCUACAAACAGGUCUCUCAGGCUAGGGGCAGUGUUUUCCGCACACCUACGCAUGCACAUGGUGGUCGUUCCCCAGCUGUCUCAGCCAGCUGUGACUUCUCUCAACAGCAGUGCUCUUUGCUAGCCAGUUAAGCUGCUCAGACUGCUGGGCAAAGGGAAGCUAUUUUUAAUUUUUUUUUUUUUGUUGUGUUUUGUUUUGUUUUCCUUCCUUAUCCCUGGAGAGACUGGGGUAGGCAGGUAGCAGCUACUCUCUGCAAAUGUGUAUAGAGUGUCAAAGGACUACUGGCUCCACUUCAUUUCUUUUUAAUAUAAACUAGAGGCUUUCCAUGCAACCAGAUAGCAUGAUAAGCAGAAAAGAAAAGUUAAGAAUAGUCUGUAACGUCAGCUUGGUUUUACAGGAUACUUUUAUAAGAGUCCUGGUCCUCUGAACACCAGUCUUCAGUCCACACUCCAAACUCCAUUGGACAUCACCAGAAACUGUGGGUGUAGAAAGACUGUCCACAGGCCCUUGGUGAGCAAUACAAAGCCCAGUUGUGAAGGACGUGCAUUUUUGGCCAAAGUACAGAACAAAGUGGCUUCUCUUCCUGGCUCUGCUGCAGACACCCUGUGACCUUAGGCAAGUCACUCGCCUCUCGGUGCCUCAGCCUCCCCAUCUGCAGUAUGGGAUUAGUGUCAGGCAGGGAGAUGGAGGUUUAAUUUCUAGUUUGCAGAGUACUUGAGCUUAUUGGAUGCAAGGUGUGUUAGAAGUACAGUUCCCCUCCACUUGUGAUUUGCAAGGUAAGAGUGAGGAAAGAAUAGCCCUGUAUGUCCACCCAGACCUAAAGCACAGACUCCUUAAAUUCAGGCCCAAGUCUGCUAACCAAGACUUGGUAUUACAGCAUGUCAAACUUCUCCUGCUUCCCAUGUGGGCUAAUCGGGGGGGAAAAAUGAAUCAAACAACACCUAGGGACCAAAAAGUAGCCAUUAAAUGAUAGGGCUGCAAAGUAGUUCUCUUGGCUUCGGUUGUGUUAUGUUCUGUGUUGAGAACAUGUUGCUUUGGGAUUUCUUUCAUAAAUGGCUGGAAGGAGGGGAUCACAGUAUUUGACCUCAUGCCUAGGAACAUAAAUAAAUGACUAAAUGUUCUCUGUGAAAAAUGGUGAGGAUGUAUGUGUCUGAAGGGAUAAUCUGAAGCCCUCUGACUCCUAUGUGUGGGGUGUGCCUUUUGUCGGGUGGUUGUAUCCCAAAGCUGGUUUUGUUUAGGUCGUGAUUUUUCAGAGAUGCUGAACGCUCUGCACCGGUGGUAGCCGCUGGGCAUCCUGCCCGGCUGUUUCCAAGCUGUGUCCGUUGUACCCUCCUCUUCCCACCUCCCCAACAUUUAAAAUCUUGCUGGUGCUAAAGAACAAUUUUUGCUCUGGAAAUUUUACCCUUUGUUUGAUCAUGGUUUGGCAGUUCCCUUCAAAGGAUUUUGAGCACUACCUGUGCUGUGGGUGUGACUAGAUUUUUUUUUUUUAGUGGCAUAACAUCUUUCUGUGUGUGUGUGUGUGUGUGUACACAAUUUUUUACUGAAAACAAGUAAUCAUUUUAGGUAUUGUAUCCACUCCAGAGCCUUUUACUCUUCUUAGCUUUACAGUAAUUCCUUCUUGAGGGUGGGGAGUUCUUCUGUUUUGUAGUAUACCCCAAAAACAGGGGAAACACUAGAAAAAUAUUAUUCCUGCUCUCCUGUUCCCCCCUUCUUCCCCCCCACACUUCCUUUUUGUGUUGGCAGCACCUUGCUUCUGUCUGUUGUAAUCGGGGGUGUUUAGCAAUAGCACAUGGGAGAGUCCCAGACCAAUGCAUUUUACUUGGUGACCUGUUGAGAGAGGAUGCCUUUGUAUCUGUUGCUGCUGGAUAUCCAGAUACUUUUGCCAGAGGCUGAGGCACUAAGAGCUGAGUUGCCAAAUGUUACAUGGGAAGUCAUAAUAGGAACAGGAGCAGAACCCAGGUUUUGAUGGCCAGUCCCUUGUCCAGCCCAGUGACCAGGCUGCUGUCACCCCACUGGCUUAGAUUUAAAAUGAUAACAAAGGUGCACAGGGAAGUGGCUCUUAUGAGCAAGGGGAUCCAAGUACAAGUCAGUGGCUCCUUGGUAGGGCCCAAGCUCACAGCCUCCCCAUGGCUCACUUUGAAGAGGGCAUGAAAGCACGUCUCCCAUCACUCAAACGAUAGAGGUAAGUCCCUGUGGUGGGGAGGAACUGAUUACAGACUCAUUCACAAGCUUUAAAAUAACUCUGUACGCUGUGCAGUGACUCGGUGAUUCUCUCACUUGCAAGGAGCUUUGUAGACCGUUCAACUUCCAGAUGCUCCAAGUUAAAUUCACUUUCUUUUCCUUUCUAAAAUAGAUUAAUUGGGAUUGGAUCUCCAAUGCUUUCUUAUGGCUGCCUUACAUUUGCAGGGGUGGCUUCUCAGGGAAGUGGGUCCAGUGGGAGUCGUCCAUGAUACAGGUGCUAGAUGACACUCAUCCAUGCUAUCUUCAGUUUGCUCUAUUUGUGAAGUGCGUUGUUGCUUUGAGGGUUUGCUUAGAAGCUGCGUAAUGCUAAUGACGUACUUGUCUGUGGCAGUUGACAGAAAGUAACCAGCUACUUCUGAAAGGAUCUGCUGUAUCUAAUCUUUUUUUUUUUUUUCCAAAAUAAGAUUCUUGGUUGCUAAAAAUCAUUAGGCCACUUUCUCUUUUGCUACUUGACAUUACAAUAACACGGUGCCGUGUUGGCAUUGCAGAAUGUGUUAAGCAGCCAGUUUUUACCUCCCAUGCUUUUGAUAAGUUUUUCUUAUCCAAAUUUUUGUGGCUUUGGAGAGCCAUGUCCAUUUGCUUAUAGCACAGGUAAACGGGCCCAGUAAUAAUGCCCAACCACUGAGUAUUUGCAAAUACUGGCAGUACUUAAGCAUUGUGAUAAAGGUUAAAGCCCUUUCCAUUUCUUGUUUCCACAUUACUUGUUCCUUCUGAGCAUGGUGAUGAGUGGGAGAUGGUAUUUCCUCCUACUGUUUUUAUUUUGUUUCUUACUGACUUCUUCAGCUCUGGUCCUGGCAGUUUAGCAAGUCUGACGUAGUUGUGGUGAGAGGCCCUCCAGUGUUACUGCUGGGGAGAGCCCUUCCCCACUCUAGCCCACACAACUCGGGAGUCAGGGACCAAGCUCGGGUUUCAUUUGGAUUCAUUUGGCCUAAUGAGCUGGUCCAGGAUGACAAACUACCAAAGAGUGGAUACGCAUUGGCAGCUGGAUGAUCUAAGGUGCUGGGAAUAGGGUCUGUUUCAGCACCAUGGCUGUCUUAUUUAUCUGGCUGUGGGCUGUGCCUAAAAAAGAUCUGUAGAAACUGGGAGUUUCUUUUAUAAUGUGUGCAGUGACAUAAUGAGGGAGGGCCUCCUGGCUGAGAUCAGGGUGCUGACAUCAGAGUCCUGAGAGAACGCCAGCUUUCAUACCCUCAUGGGUGAGUUGCUUGCAUCUAAACCACAACCUGUCCUAAAUGUCAACCCUGAAGUGCUGCUCCUAUGACGGGUUUGUAGCUAGAGUCCAGGAGGAGACAUGUAAUUUCCUGCUGUUGCAUUUUCCAGCGAUGUCAAAGGGAUUCGGAGUUACAGCUGCGUUGCUAUCCCUGCCGCUUGUGUCAACACGUCCAUACCAGCUUUAAACUACCAGAGCUUGCCCAGAUGCUGCCAUCAGGACAGCCACAGCAGGAUGGUGCUCAGUGCAGGCUGCAAAACCUGCCUGAGAAAUGGAGUAAAUCCUCAGGCAGUUAGCUCAGAGCCUACGCUGAGCUCCAUGCCCCCAUAGCUGUCCUCAAACUAGCUAGCUUAAAGUUGGCAUGGGCAUGUCGACUUGAACCGUAGUGACAGCGUAGGCAGACCUGGAGAGAGACUUAGACCCACACUGCACUUCCAGUUGAAUGUGUCGCACCUUCUGUUGAACACGAGCACCAGAACUAUGAGCUGAGACGCCUGAAUUUUGCCUUGUUUUUGGGUUGACAACGUGGAUUUGAUGGCAUGUUGGGGGCUAUGAGUUUUAUUGAUGUCCACUGCAAAGCUCCCUUGGUGUGUACGUGCCUUCAUGUGCUGUAGGGGAGAGCUUGUCCCCUGGCUCUGACAGGUGUCUAUCAAGGGCAGCCCCGAUACAGCAGCGAGCAGGAGGGUACAGAAGAGGAGGGAAGACCCAAGGAGGGUUGGGGCUGCUUUCAGGCAGCCUAGAAGGGGAAGAAGCUGAUGGCUCAUUGUCAGGGCUUUUUACUUACCUGAGGGCUUCACCAGACACCAAAAACAAAAUGAAGUUGACCACAUCCCUUUAUGUGGGAUCUGUUCCUGCUGUGCCCCCAUGUGCUGAAAUUUUAAGUCUUGAAAAUGGGAUUAAGUUGGAUAAUAUGCUGGGUUACUUCAUCAAAUUGCCCUCGUUCUAAUCCAGUGCAUGGGUCCUUUCACUUAAAAAAGAAAAGAAACAAGUCAGUGCUCUUAAUUGCUGCCUGAAAGACAUUUUUGGCUUGUUUUUCCCUUUAAAAUGUCAAGGUCUCAGUAGCCACUUUCUAAAAAGCCCUUUCCAGUUAUGUGCUGGGGCCUGUAGGUCUGCAAGCCACAUGCUUGCAUCUGGAACCAAGUAUUGUGGCUGGCUGAGCUGCAGAGCUGUGGGUUGUCAAUAUGCAAUAGAGACUGUAUACAAAUUGCCACAGUUGUGGAUGGAAAAUAAAAUAUAGGGCUAUAUUUAAAAAAAAAAAGAAAAAGAAAAGAAAAAAAAGAUACAACCCCCCAAACAAAUAAACCCCCCACGGAAACCUAGCCUGGUACAUUAUCUUGUGUCUGGAUGUAUCAGUUGUGGACCCCCAAAUGAACAAACAAAAGUCCUAGAUUUGGAUCCUGGAUCCAAAUCCUGGAUCUUGAGGAACAGUUUAUCUUUUGAUUCCCUUAAUCAAAAGGGAAAUUUCAGGUGCUGAAUCUUCAAUCUCAUUAAACUUGUACUUUUCUUUAUCUGCCUGCUCACCUGGUUCCCUCCUAUAUUCAAGGCCUCCCACAGUCUCAGGGUAUAUAAAUCACUAUGAUUCAUCCAAAUAACACAAAGGACCAAUCAGAGGUUGAUGUGCCUUUCUCUUACGGUACCUUGAUCUUUGUAAAGUUAUCUCUGAAAGAAACUCAUCGCUGUCUUAGGGCUGGGUACAUGCCUUGUCUUUUUCUAAGAUACCCACAUUGAAGUUACCACAGGUUUGUAUGAAUUGUGACUUGUAUCUCAUUUGGUGUUCUAGGAUGUGGUGUAGACACGAACUGAAUGCACUGACUUGACUUGUCUUGGGAUAAAUCCUGCCAGUGAUGACAGUGCUUGACGUGUGUGGUAAUGUGUACGUAAGAUGCUGGAUCUUCCCCUUUGCCUAUGAUGUACGUUUGGUGUAUUUGCACAAACGACACGGGGUGUUUUCAGAUGUGGUGAUCACAACUUGUGGCUUGGGGUUAGGAUGUCUUAAAGUGAUUGGUAGUUUUUUAAAUGUUUUUCCAAAUAGAUUACCCUUUGUAGACUUAAAGAUCCAAAGCACUGGGGGGAGCGGGGUGUGAAAAAUCCCCCCCAGACCUUCUGUCAUUUGCCAGCUUUUGUUCUGAAUUCAGGACAUAAUUCCUCGUUUUGCUGCUUAGGGCAUCGGCAGUUUCAGAAGCAGCACAGAGUCCUGAGCUCAUGCUGAAGCCAUCAAGUGCAAGAGGACCAAUUUCGCCCCCCGCCCCCAUGUUGUAGUGCACAUGCUUUCUUUUAACCGUGGGGCAAAAUAUUUCAACCGGUCUGUGCAACUUGCAAAGUUUGAACAAACAAGCAUCGCAGAUGGCAGGCAAAGACCAGACUGUCUGCUCAUGCCGUGUGGCGUCUGGAGUUAUCCCGAGAAUUGCUUUUCUGCUCUGAAAGGUGACUAAUGCUUAAAAUAAAGGCAGUGCACGGUCACUUGGUUGCUUCUGUGUGCUGUGCUGACAAGUACAGAUGUCCCUGCAUGCUCAGUCUGAGAUGAGAGAAAUCCAGCUGGGUUUCUGCUGCGUCCAUGGCAGUAGCAGGAGACUGCACUCCAUCGCAGGAGGUCCCUUUCAGUCCAAUGUAGUCAUGUGUUGAUCUGAAUCAGGAGUGUCAAAUGUGAUCGCCCCAUGAGCUGGAUCCAUGCCGGAUUCAGACCCGGUGGGGGAAGCAACAGCAGCACAGAUUAAUGCAGAUACAACUCACCAGUCAGUGCUCCCCAGGCCUUUGUUGCUGGGAAUUUGGUGACAGAUACUGCCCCCUCCUUCCCCCCACCCCCAUAUUUCUGACCCUUCAGUUAGCCCUGCAAGCCAGAGGGAAAUAGCUCUGUGGUCUGUAUCUUUGACAUCCUUGGCCUAAACUGCAUCCUCAGGGUACUUCUGCUUUUCCGUCUGUCUUCAGUGGGCAUAUGCACACGUAACUAAUUCGAGCUCAAUGCAGAAUUCUGCUAAUCCAUGAGAAUGGGUUCAAUCAUUUCCUCUUGGCCUUAUGGAGUCAACACAGCAAAUAACAAAGUCAGCAGUGCAUUGUCAUUAUUCACUGGAUGUGAUGCUAAUGUGUCUGUAACUUCUGUUCUAUUCCCUUCCUGGUCACUGCAGAUUAGACAGGUUCUGUGGGGUGGAGACUAAGCCAUAUUUGCCCAUUUGGGAUUUCCACGUAGAACUGAAUGAGGUGCCACUUUUUAGACCUGGUCACUUUUCAGAGCAGAACUGAUGCGUCUCAUUUUCCGAUCUGUGAUCUUCAGCAGUUUCUUCAAUCUCUUCUCAUUCUUUCCACUUCACCUUUUUAAGAAUUGAUUCCAAGCUUUUUGUCUAAGUCUGAAAAAUAUUAAAACAGUUGGAACCAAAAGCUUUAUGAAACAGGAAGACCUAAUAAGGCCCCUUUGUAGAAGGCUCACACUGUGUAGGAUUAAAGACUACAGCUGCAUGUGAAGUGGCAGCUUAUGCUGUAAUGCGAAGAUCUACACAAGCUGAAAUUUGCUGGUGUCCCAUCUCCUUGUGCAGCGAUGGUCAGCUAAAUAGGACGUGUGGGUGCUCUGCGUGCUGAACCCAGAGCGGCUGCAUGUUACUCUCACUGGUAUUUUUUAAGCUGCCUUUCAACUUCAGAAUUAGGCUCCCAUUCAGAGUAGUGUGGGAUGAACACAUCGCCGUUUCAUCUGGAUGGUUGCGCGCUGCUAACCCUUUCCCAUGCAACUGGAAGGCUUCCUUCAGCUAUCAAGGUUAGGAAGGAAGAAUUAAAAAGAGGUCACUUCCUCCAAUAAUUUGAAGCCACCAGGAGUCUGCGGUUAUAGCAGAGCUCUGUCUUAGCAUCCAACUUGGACCCUCUGCAGAAAUGUACUGCAGCCAGCCGUGCCCAGAGGAAUGCCAGAGGUGAAGAGAAGCUGGUAUUUUAAUACCUUAUCUGACUGCAGAUACCCCAGUUCUUAGCACUUGUGUGUGGAAAGCGCUGGCCAGCCCAGCCACUUCUGGCUGAAGCAUGAAGAGGGACCAUCUUCUCCAGUCAUCCAGCUGCUUGCCUCGUCCCCGCCAGGCUGCUGCUGCACCCGUCUCUUCCAUCUCUGUCCAGACUGACUAUGGAAGUUCUGCUACAUGGGGAAAAGGGCCCUUACUACCUGUUGAUUUUAGAUUUUACCCUGUCUGUGUGUGCAGGGCCUAGGAAACCCCAGCUGGGACUUACUACUUCAGCUGGCUGCAUCCCAGACUCUUCAGGAUGCAGGUGGUGGUGGGAUCCUUGUUCGUUGUUUUUUUUUUUAGAAAACAGCUUCCAGCAAGCUGGCCCUCAGUCCUCCAAAGCUUUAUUUCCAUUAUUCACCCUUUUGUCCCAGUCUCUCCCUUCUCACUAGAUUCAGGCAUAUUCUUGGGUCCCAGCCUUGCUAACUUGGGCUCCAGUUCAGCAGUACACUGGUGUGCAGGUACUCAAGCCCCACUGAUGUUGAUGGGACUUGAAGCACCGAAGUCCUUUGCUGAAUUGGGGCCUUCUCUUCAGUUCAAUCCCACGUGUUCUCUUCUUUCACCCAGGCGUGGAUCUCUCCCCUAACUUUUUCCAGUCUGAAGGGCUUUAUUCCCAACUUAUUCCUCCACAGCAAAUAUGUUGAUUCCUGAGCAUCCAGCUGUUUACUUUCCACCUGCUUGUUCUGUGGGUUGCUGCAUACAGACCCCUGUUGAUUUUGAUUCCCCCCCCCCCCCAAUUUUUUUUUUUUUUUGAGGUAGCAUUGGGGAUAUUUGUCUGCUUCCUAGGUAUAGAGAAGCAAGGACCUCUUCAAACCAAGUUUUUAGGAUGGAAGAGGGGCCGUAUCACAGAAAAUUGGAAACGGAUCCAUAAUUCAAGUAGAGGAGGGAGCCGUUCACCAUCUCAAAUAACGUGGUCCCCGAAUCUUUGUCUAAACCGCAUCCACCGGAGGUUCAUGUCUCUGUGUUCAAAUCCACUGAAUGUUGCAGUGUCUAUCAAGGUUCUUGCUGAGCAAUGCAAUAUGUGCCUCAAAACCAAUGCACAAAUCCAGUCCGUUUCACUUAAGAUGUUUGCGAUGCAAGGAGUUUAAUCGAUGACUGAUCUUAAUUCUCGUUUCUUGCUAGUAUGUGUUCCAUCGCUAGAACACUUCUUGUCGGUGGUUCUCGAGCUCCGUACUGUUCUGCGUCACAAUUGGAGUGCAAAGAAAGGGACAUCAAUCACAAACACAACUUGCUGAGCUUUUUCCUCCUUAUUACAGACACACAGGAGAUCGUUAAGAGUUCAGGUUUCAUGUGGUUUUUAAUAAAAACUGGAAACAAUGCAGCUACUCCACCAGAUCCAGCACCGUCUUAUCUUUCUUGACACUUACGUGGGAAUGCAAAAAUAAAAUCCAGCAAUAUGUGUUCUCAGCUGGGGUGUUUGCACCGUGGAACGUGAAGUUUUUUGUUUUUUGGGGUUUUUUGGACUGAUGUUGUUUCCUGCAUGUGGAAGAAUUCAAAUUGGGUGCAAAGGUUUGGAUCUGUGACUGACUGUCUUGGGUCAGCUUGUUAAAUGCAAUCAAAUGCAUUGGACUCCUCUUUUAUUUUCGUCUUCAGAAGAUGACUACAGUAGAAGAGCAAUGAACAUUAGGCUGUAACUGACUGCUUUAGGUCAUCAGUGUGUUGCCUGAUUUUAUAUGGACAGUAUAAUAAAGAUUUGUUUGCACAUUGACCUCCAUCUAUCAAUCGUGAAUAAAAUUCUUUAAUAUGUGGGUUGGGAAAAUUUGUUAAAUACCAGUAGAUUCAUUUCCACAUCAAGUGAAGAGGCUGGUUUUUCCAUCUCUCUCAAACUGGGUUACUGUGUCCACAUACCAGAAAGAUGUUGCUCUUGAAAAAAGCAUGUUCAUGUGUGUGACAGUGACCCUCCCCACACAUGCGCACACUUUUUAAAUACCUAGAUCUGUACAUUUUUCAUCUGAGUAUCGUUAACCAUGCUGUAGUCCGACAAACAGAUCUUUUACUACUGCCCUGUUCUAUAGAAUAAUUGUAAUUAACUGCAGUUUUUUUUCCACUACUUGAAGUUGUGUGAAAUGAAAUUGGUGAACAAAAGUAUUUGUGCAUCUUACUAUGGGUAUCUAAAUAAAACUGUAUUUGUCUAGUG